CGAGAGGCCAAACCUUGGGCCGGUUGUCCAGUUGUUUUCAAAAGAUGCUGACUAUUCAAUCACAGCCUGCCGCAUGCCGAUCCAGCGUGGCAAAUUUAGCGAAACCUCUCUUUGUCGUCAUCUGCCACGUAGUACACGGAGUUCCUCUCUUUGUUUCUAUCUGUUUGUCUUUUGACUUUUCUUCCUGCUUGCGUGUCAUCUGUCAUGGGUUGUUCACAUUAGGAUGCUCUUAAUCAGCCAUGUUUAAGGUUUAAGUUUCGACAGGAAAAGGGAUUUGAGUAUUAUGAGUUGUUCUCUACAACUCAUAAGUUACGAAGACAAGGAAAAGACUAGCUGGAUUGUGUCAAAGGAGUGGAUUUCUAUUUCCACUUUGUACACACACAAAAAGGAAAACGAAAGAUAUCCAUAUCCAAGGUUGUUCCCUCUGACAACAUCGCUCGCUACUCAUGGUGGGCCCAAUUC